GCUCACCCGGCUCUCAAAGCCUUUAUGUGUGGCUCUCUCAGUGGAACAUGCUCCACCCUGCUCUUCCAGCCUCUGGACCUGGUCAAGACCCGCCUGCAGACCCUUCACAGCAACAUGCAGCCUGGUUCAGCAAGAGUGGGGAUGGUGACUGUGUUCUUAAGUGUUAUACGGACAGAGAAGCUCAUAGGACUUUGGAAGGGAGUCUCACCAUCGUUUGUGCGGACCAUCCCCGGCGUAGGGAUCUACUUCAGCACCUACUACUCUCUGAAGCAGCACUACUUCCUGGAGCAGGGCCCUGGGGCCAUGGAGUCUGUGCUGCUGGGAGCUGGGGCCAGGACUGUGGCAGGGGUCUGCAUGCUACCUGUCACUGUCAUUAAGACUCGCUUUGAGAGUGGCAGGUAUAACUARGUGAGCGUGGCAGGMGCUUUGCGCAGUGUGUGUCAAACAGAGGGACCCYGAGCUCUGUUCUCAGGGCUGACCGCCACCCUCCUCAGAGAUGCUCCCUUCUCAGGCCUCUAUGUCAUGUUCUACAGCCAGGGCAAGAACACUCUGCCACAGGAGAUAAGCACGUCUCCCUACGCGCCCCUGGCUAACUUCAGCUGUGGGAUUCUGGCUGGAGUCCUGGCUUCCCUGGUCACCCAGCCAGCUGACGUGGUCAAAACCCACGUCCAAGUCAGCCCACAUCUGUACAGGAGGACUGCAGACGCUGUGCGAUACAUUUACAAUGAGCACGGGUUUCAAGGGUUCUUCCGGGGUGGGGUGCCACGUUCUCUGAGGAGGACCAUGAUUGCUGCCAUGGCAUGGACGGUGUAUGAACAGAUGAUGGCCCGCAUGGGGCUCAAGUCCUGAGGAGGGAUGACAAAAAAUAGGGAUGACAAGAAGAAGGGAUUUCAAGUCCUGAAGAGAGAGAAUGAAAUGAGGAACGUGUGUGGACCGAGGAAGAAAGUGAAAGUCAAGUCACCGAGGACAAACCAGGACAGUGAGGAGUGCCCUGGAAGGCACUGCUGUGUUUGUGUCUUUAAACUGCCUAGUUGUGAGAGUGUGCCAAUGGACUUCUUCACUGACAUACAGUAUUCUGCCAUAACAUUAUUAACACAUUGCAAAGAUAUGAUACCUCAAGGACUGGUAUCCAUACUUUGACAGAAAGAUGGGGACUAGUAGUUUUAUUAAAAUGUCUGUAUAUUUGAAUGGAUUGCAAUAGUUUUGCAUUGCACAAUAUUGUCUGUCGUCAUUGUAUGUGAGGCUACACCAAACAAGACUUUAAUUUAUUUAUUCUACUGGGCUACUUUCAAAAUUCCAUAUUGCACUUUAAGUCGUAAAAUAUUGUUGGUCCCUAAUAGCCACUGGGACUCCCAGUCACACUGACUGUUUAAGCUACUCCAGGCUUUAGAUAUACAGUAUAUCACAAAAGUGAGUACACCCCUCACAUUUUUGUAAUUAUUUGAGUAUAUCUUUUCA